AAUGUCGUCAUGGUCCUAGAGCCGUCGCACCUUUCUGGGAUUGAACGAUUAAUUCACGAUUAAUUCUUUUUCAAAGAUUUUAAAGAGACAACCGCCCGACCUGAGAGGACAAACGCAGUUUCAAGAUGACCUCAACCCAACCAGGUAGCCCACCAAUGGCAGAGCAGUAUACACCACCACCUUCAGAGACUGAGCCAAGCAAAGGUCAAGAGAACGUCUCAGAACAGCCAACGAGAAAAAGAGGCAAAGGACGACCAGCAAAAACUCUGCACACUUUUAAAUGCUCAACAUGUCAGGAGGCCUUUGGCAGCCCUUCAUCUCUACAGAGUCACAAGCUCUCGGUACACGUUAAAGACAAACAGCAGCAAUACACCUGUGCUAAAUGCACCAAGACUUUCUCCAACCGGGCACAACUUUCCAAGCAUCAGCGCUCCCACUCUAUUCAGCGUCCGUUUCAGUGCCCGCAGUGCCAUAAGGCUUAUAAAACGCAGACAGAAUUACGCAACCACAGCCGUUCCCACACGGGAGAGAAGCCUUUUGUUUGUACUGACUGUGGCAAGGCCUUCAUGCAGGCCAUUUGUCUGCGUAUCCACAUGACGCAGCACAGUGGCGAGAGGCCGCACACCUGCCCUCAUUGCUCUAAGAGCUAUCCCACCUUAUCUAAGCUUAAAGUGCAUCAACGCACACACACAGGGGAGAAGCCUUACUUUUGCACAGAAUGUGGCAAGAGUUUCGCAGACCCAUCAGUUUACCGUAAGCACAGGCGUAAUCACCAGGGCCACCGACCGUAUUCUUGUGAUCAGUGUGGUAAAACGUACACAGAACUGAAGGACUUGAAGAACCAUGAGCGUUCACACACGGGGGAGAAGCCUUAUCUGUGCUCUGACUGUGGCAAAGCUUUCUCCCGGUCAUCCUCUUUAGCUUGCCACCUGCGAAUUCACUCUAAAAGCAAGCCGUACCAGUGUGAGCAGUGUGGAAAAGGUUUUACUCAGCUCUCCUCUUACCAGUCCCACCUUCGUACGCACUCGGGCGAAAAGCCCUUCCUGUGUCCACAGUGUGGCAAGAUGUUCUCAGAUCCCUCAAGCUUCCGGCGACACCAGAGGGCACAUCAAGGAUUCAAGCCGUACCCGUGCGAUAAGUGCAUCAAGAGGUUUCGUCAGCCGGCUGACCUGGCGGUGCAUCAGCGCGUGCAUUCUGGUCAGCGGCCCUACAAAUGCCAAAGCUGCGAUAAGGCUUUCGUUGCUUCCUGGGAUCUGCGCCGACACAUGCUGGUUCACACUGGCCUGCGGCCUUUCUCCUGCACGGAGUGUGGCAAGUCCUUUGCAGAACGCUCCAGUCUUAACAAACACAGGAGGGUGCAUUCAGGGGAACGUCCUUUUAAAUGCCAACUGUGCUCUAAGUCGUUUGUUGUUGCUUCUAGUUUGCGUAAACAUGAGAAGACGCACUCCUCAGAAAGGCCCUUGGAGGACCAACCUGCUCCGGUGUUCCCCACCACCCUUCCCCAGUUCUCAUGCUCUCAUUGUGAUUUGAUAUUUGGGACAUGGGAGGAGGUGCAGGCCCACGCCGGUCUUCACACCAUCUCUCCUCCAGCUGAUUCUACAGUAUCAGCAUUACCCAUCGGUACACACGUUUGUGUGACCUGCCAGGCAGAGUUUGUUCAGCUGGCUGAUCUGCAAGCUCACGAGAAAAUGCACCCUAAGCCACGCCCCCACAUUUGUGACAACUGCGGUAAAGCUUUCCUGAAUAAAGCCGGCCUUCGUAAACAUCAGCGCAUCCACUCGAACAGCCGUCCUCAUUGCUGUACUAUCUGUGGCAAGGCCUUUCUGUUCGCCGCCUACCUUCGCAAACAUUUACGCACUCACCGCGACACAGAGUCCUCAGUCUCCCUUCCACAGACAGACAUUGUACACAGCCGACCCCUACCGUCUCCAUCAAACACUGCAUCACCCGAAUCAGAAUCUGCUACUAUUUCUCUGACUGUUCCUGUGACUGUACCCGCAUCGGCAUAUCAGACAAUGCCAGCCCAUGUAUUUAUGGACAAGGAAGAUGGGCUUUGAAAUUAUUGGUGACUGGCUUCUUUGAACACAGAAAGUGUUUUCAAUGUUGUUUUUGCUCUUCUGUAUUUAAAAUCUUUGAAAAAAAUAUUCAUUUUUUAAUUUGACAAAAUGCUUAAAUAGCAAUCAGAAAUGGUCUUAAUUUGCCCUGUGAUAGAAGUGGAAUCACUUCUUUGUUAAAAUUUAAUUUUCCGUAAAGGUGUGCCAAGGUGUGCUAUUUUACGAAAUGUCUAAUAAAAAUGUAGUCAGUUCAUGUCACACUUUUGUAUCAUAAUCACAGGUGUAAUCUGAUAAAUUAUGUUUAUACACUUUAAAGGGUUUAAUAUUUAAAAGAUGGUUUUAUUGAGAAGACCAAUGACUUAUUUAAAUCAAUAAAUAUCCCUCAGAUGA